CCUUGGCACCGAGCGCCGUGACACAGCCACAGAGCAGCAUUCUUCAAAGUCGUUUUUGUUUCUGCUUCCAUGCCCAUUGGAGACUGGGGGAACCCAGCUAAGCUCAACGGGUUGCCGAUAAAGAGGGGUCGGGAAUUAAUCCAAUCGGACAAGAGCUCGAAGCUCAUUAAGAGUCAUUCAAUACAACUCAUGUUGUCGGCAGGAAAAGGCUGCAAGCUACAAAGCUCGUUUUAUCCACAUCUCUGCCGGUACCUCCCGCUCUCGGAUGCGGCGGUCCCGUCGGACUGCGCCGGGCAUCUUCUGGGGACUCAUUUCCUGUCCGUGUCAAAGGAGCGGGUCGGAUCUGCCUGCAUCUCUCAGGUGCUACAGCCCAGGUGAUUUCGCACAGCUUCGGUUCCUUGGGGAUCCGGCCGCUUUCUGAAGAGUUCUGAGGAUCAGGAGGGGCGCAGCACAGGGACAGGCCGCUUGGUGCCAGGUCGACCAUGGGGAAGACAGGGCAGAGCAGCGUGCAUCUCAGCUCUCCUUCUGAGGUGAAGCAGGCCACCCCCUUCGAGAUGCAGAGCCCCGAGCCCCCCAGAGGGGGUGAGGCAGAGCUCCCGGAGCGGGGAACCUGGAAGGGCAAGUUUGACUUCCUGCUGUCCUGCGUUGGGUACGCCAUCGGGUUGGGCAAUGUCUGGAGGUUUCCUUACCUGUGUGGUAAAAACGGCGGAGGUGCCUUUUUGAUACCCUACUUCCUGACGCUGGUGUUUGCUGGGAUUCCUCUCUUCCUGCUGGAGACCGCCCUGGGCCAGUACACCUCUGUGGGGGGCCUUGGAGUGUGGAAGCUCAUCCCUAUGAUGAAGGGGGUUGGUCUGGCUGCCUUGGUGUUGUCCUUCUGGCUGAACAUCUACUACAUAAUCAUCAUCGCCUGGGCCCUCUACUACCUGUUCAGCUCCUUCAGAUCUGAGGUGCCAUGGCAGAGUUGUGGAAACCCCUGGAACACAGACCGCUGCUUCUCCAACUACAGCCUGGGCGACACCACCAACCUGACCAGCGCCGUGAGCGAAUUCUGGGAGAGAAACAUGCACCAACUGUCCAGUGGGCUGGAGGAGCCAGGAGAGCUGCGCUGGCCCCUGGUGGGGACUCUGGCCUUGGCCUGGGUCCUGGUCUACUUCUCUAUCUGGAAGGGAGUAGAGUGGACAGGAAAGGUAGUGUACUUCUCUGCCACCUACCCCUACUUCAUGCUGGCUAUCCUGUUUGUCCGUGGCGUCACCCUGCCUGGGGCCAGUGACGGGAUCCUCUUCUACAUCACGCCUGAUUUUCAUAAGCUGACCCAAUCAGAGGUCUGGUUAGAUGCUGCCACUCAGAUCUUCUUCUCCUAUGGCCUGGGCCUUGGAUCACUGAUAGCCCUGGGGAGUUACAAUCAUUUCCACAACAAUGUCUACAGGGACUCCAUCAUCGUCUGCUGCAUCAACUCAUGUACCAGCAUGUUUGCAGGCUUCGUCAUCUUCUCCAUUGUGGGCUUCAUGUCUUACAUCACCAAGAAGCCCAUCCAGGAGCUGGCGGCCUCAGGACCAGGUCUGGCGUUCCUGGCGUACCCGCAGGCCGUCACACAGCUUCCCAUGACAUCCCUCUGGGCCGUCCUCUUCUUCUCCAUGCUAGUAAUGCUGGGACUCGACAGCCAGUUCUGCACUGUGGAGGGCUUCAUCACGGCACUGGUGGAUGAGUACCCCUUGGUGCUGAGGAAGUGGAAGAAGCUCUUCAUCCUGAUUGUGUGUCUGGUGUCCUACUUCAUCGGCUUCUCGAACAUCACGCAGGGUGGUCUGUAUGUUUUCAAGCUGUUUGACUACUACUCUGCCAGUGGGAUGUGCCUCCUCUUCCUUGUCUUCUUUGAGACCAUCUCGAUAUCCUGGUUUUAUGGGGCAGAGAAGUUCUAUGGUAACAUUGAGGAGAUGAUUGGCUACAGGCCCUGUGGUUGGUGGAAGCUCUGCUGGAAGUUCUUCUCUCCCCUUAUCUGUCUGGGGGUGUUCACGUUCAGCGCCAUUGAGAUGACCCCCCUUACCCUGGGAAAAUACGUGUACCCGGCCUGGGGGCAGGGCAUAGGCUGGCUCAUGUCCCUCUCCUCCAUGGUCUUGGUGCCAGGGUAUAUUGCCUACAUGUUCUUCACCACCAAAGGCAGCCUCUGGCAGCGCUGGUACAAGAUGGCCAGUCCAGCAGAAGACAUUAAGGCUCAGGAGAGUAACGAACUCGCCAGCGAAACUUCGUUCACCAGCAGUUUCAUGGAUGGCACUAUGUGAAUUUAAGUGGAGUUCAGUUAUGUCCAGACUGACUGUCGCAGG